AUGAGCGGUGUCGAGCCCGACGGUAGGAACAAGGAUAAAGCCACUCCAUUCUCGGCCGCGGCAAUGCUUAACCAUUUAGAAGUCAUGCAACUUCUUCUCAGCACCGAGAAGGUUGACAUUGAAGCCCUUGAUUACAACCGCCGCACGCCAUUGUCUCUCGCGGCCGGGAAUGGGCACUCGGAUGCUGUGAGUUUUUUGCUUGGCACUGGUGCAGUGGACCCUGAUAGCAAAGAUAAGGACGGUCAAACACCCUUGUCAUGGGCGGCUGAGUCUGGCCAUGUUGAUGUAGUCAAGCUGCUACUCGCAACAGGCCAAGUAGCGCCUGAUACUCCCGCUGACAACGGGAAAACUGCCCUUUCCCAUGCGGCAUAUCGUUUACCCUACAUUUCAAGCACAAAUGGGUACGAAGAGACACGGGCAAAGGAAAGACUAGCGCUAGAAGAGAUUCGCAGACUAUUGAAAGGACAAGCGCCUCUUGUUCCGUCGAUUGCCGCAUCUACGAGGAAAGAGGCACCUAAAUCUUUACCCAAAUCCGAUCCAUUGGGUGUCAUGGAAGAACUGCUGAAACGGAAUGAUGUAAACCCAAAUUCCCAGGACGAGGCUGGGGAAACACCAUUGAUGUUUGCCGUGCAAAGGAAGCAUGUUGAUGCCGUUCGAAUACUUAUGGAAACCGGGAAAAUGAAAUUGAACCUGCGAGAUGAGGACGGUUGGACGGUGUUCAGUUAUGCCCAAGGUGCGCCUAAGCCCAUAAAGCUAACAAAGGCUCAGUUGGAUGAAGCCGCCUGGGACACCUGGGAAGCUACUUUGUGA